CAUACUAAAGUUAUUUGGUGCUUAUAAGGGAAUCGAUAACCCUAGUUUUAGGAAAUGGAGAUAAAAUAUUUACUCAACAUUCCAUUGACAGACUCAUCUCCUUUUGCUCUUGAGAAUAGAUCCAAUUCAGUAUAUAUGGGUUAUGAAAAAGUAGAUCUAUCCUCAAGUGCAGUUCACCUUCUAAGCCUGUGGCAUCUAGUUGAACUAAUCAAUGAACCCUUUGAUCAGUUGGGCACUGGAUUUCAGGCAUUAAUAAACCUGGCACCCUACAAGAAAAGGGACCACACCCUGUAUACUGGAAGCAUACAAAUGGGCCAGAAGGCUGAAAAGAAAGGGAAAAAGCUACUUAUGCCCCCUCCUGCCUAUACAUUAUCCAAACAAUAAACAAACUCUACAUGAGCAAAAUAUAGAUCAAAAGAAAGGGAAAAAGCUACAUAUGCCCUCUCCUGCCUAUACAUUAUCCAAACAAUAAAUGAACCCUACAUGAGUAAAAUAUAGAUCAUUUGAUGCCCUUGAGUUUGCCCUGAUUCAGGUUUGUUUUAAUUUGCUUCAUGUAAUCUAGUGGCUGCUGAGCAUCUGGUUUCAAGAACAUUGCUUUGCAUGGAUACAAAUAUUAACCUCUCUUUUCAUCUCAAUCCUGACAUCUUACUCUUAAUUUCACAUUUCAUCCUCAGAAUUUAAUUUUAUAAGAUU